GUGCCGUUUGGCGUGUGCCUCCCUUUUGGGAGGUUUUCACUUUUCUGCCCCAGGAUAAAAAACAAGUUAUUGAACAGACCCUUCUGUCUUUACUUGAGCCUUAUGCUACAAAUUUCACCAGAUGUUCCUUCGUGCACUCCCAACCGCACCUCUUGCUAAAUCAGGACUGUCACCACAAAGUCCAUGCUGUGAGCUUGCUUCUGUUUUUUCCCUUGGAAAUAUAAAAAUAAAUUAGAAGUAUGAAGAAUAUAGUGGCAAAUUGUUUUCCACUUGGAGCUGGCACAGUUCUUUAAUAUGACUGAGUUUAAAAUCUAGGUUAGUAUUAAUGAUGUGGGUUUGUCUAGGUUUGGUAACUUAAGAAUUUUUGGGAGGUUUCUGAGACGUUGUAACUGAGUAUCUGUUGUGAGCUGAUGAUAGGUCUUUCCCUGAUUCAGUGUUCACAGCCUUAUUCAGGAUUUGUCCAAACAUGUGGGUAGUAUGUGUAUUUGCAGAGCAUCUCUUUCCAGCUGUGUCACAGGUGUGUAUGGUCAGGACUUACUACCAUCACUGAUAAACUAUCAAGUGAAUGAUUGAUUGACAUAGUAACUUCUCUUUCAUACCUUUUUACAUGGUAAACAUACCUGGCCAUGUUUUUAAAAAAUGGGUGUUACAGCCAAUUCUAUUUGAUUGAAGGUUUAUGUUUGUUUUUUUUUUUAAAGUCCUAAAGAUGGUGAGUUUGCAUAUGCAAGCACAAAAGACUUGGUUGAAGAGAAUAAUCUUUACGUUGGGAAUUGCUUUUGUUUCAAGGGCUUCCUGUCUGCUCAGCAUAUGUAUAUAUGGCAGGGAAGUGAUUCUUCUCUCACCAGCAGAAAGGAAAACAAACUGUGCUGGACAAACUCUAAGCCUUUCCCAUGUAAAUGUUCAGACUGUGAGGUGCCUAAAUAUAUACAUUGCAAUGAAUAAGCAUUUCUGGGACUUACAACCUUUGCUCUGUUGGUGCUUAACUCCCUGAAGACUUUGAUGCUGUUUGCCUGUAUAGAGCAAUCUUGGCUCUUACUCGAAGGGCCAUUCAUUGUGUUCAGAAAUAGGAGUCUUACAUCUGGUGACUUAUUUAUAUGUGACUAGUCCAAGUAUAGGGUAAAGCUGUGUUAUGGCCAGAGUUGUUUUAGGCAACCGAGGCAACUAUGGAAGACAGGCAAGAACAGUAGCAAUCUUUGGUGAUGAGCAGGUACUGUAUAAGAAAGCAGCAAAACAUAGUAAACUUUCAGCAGUUUGGUACUUCACCUUGGCCAUUAACCCACGUGCAGGUUCACCCCAGACUGAGCACAUGACAACUGUCCUGUUCAGUGGGAGAAAGGGGAUCUUGGUGGAGGGUUCCUCUUUCCCUUCCCUUACAGGAGGGCCACCCUGUAAUGCACUGUUAGUGCUCUGCUAAAUGCAUGUUAACCUUCAGUAGCUCCUUUGGUACCUGGCCAAAGUGGGAUAGGCCUUACUAGAAUGUACAGUUUUGGUGAAGCACUGAAGGGAUCCUGGUUUCAGGUCACUCUGUCCCGGGUUCAUAUUAAAGCCUUUUCUAUCAACGGCAGAGUCAUUUCAGUAAAAAAAAAUCACAUAUCAGCAAAAAGAUUCCUCAGAGCUGCAACGAUCAGCAAGAAAAAAGAGUUGGAAGACUUUGUAUUGCACAAGGGCCAGCGAUGAGGAAAUCCGUGUUAGUUAGCUUGUGUGAAAGCAUAACCCUGCCUUAGCCACAGCAGUCCUGUGGCCAGGCUUUGGCAGCAUUAGAGAUUGUUCUAAUAGUAUUUUUAAAUGCAGUGUUACAGGAUUAUUGUAUGUUAGAAAAUGUAUACUAUUUAUCUCUCGUUCUCCUCUUCCAAGCCUGUCUUCUAUUACCACAGAAGUAAUGAUCACGUGACAGAAUCAUGGAUUUUAAUAUAUGUGUUUUUUCUGUGUGUUGUUAAUAUUGACAUAGCUUCAGUUUUCUAGUCUCUGCUCUCCCUCUUCAUUGUUAAGUUUUUUCUUCCAUUUGGUAAAAGCUGCAGAUUUUACUUACAUUUAAGAUUAAGUGAAGUGCCAACAGUUUUGUUUCUGUUGCAGAGGUGGUGUAAUAAGACACAUGACUCAGGCAAAUAAGCAAUUCCUGCCCUCAAGGCUCUAAGGGUACAAAACAAACAAGUGUAGAGGAGAGAAAGAAAUGCCAAAUGUGGAGUGAGCUGUUGCACACACCUUCCUUAAAUCCUUGUCGGCAGAUACCUGAAGCUGGGAAUAACAAAAGCAGACUUGGAGAGGAAGAAAGAGUAUUGGGGGACAAAAGAGGCUGGGCUGAGAGAGGCGGUGAUUGAUCUUGUGAUUGAUCUUUCCUGGGUAGAGCAGAUUAGGGCAAGAAGCAGUCAAGGUCACCAGUAAAAAACCUGUAUAGAACUGCAGUCACGUGCUGCUAAUUGAGGUGGAGGCAUUUGAACAGUGACAGUCACUGGUAGUUGCAGGUAAUUAAAUUUACCUCUGAGCUUCAGACCAUGAGGUAAAUCACAGUUACUCUUAGUGCAAAACUGCCUGUGUGUGAACACAGCAGAUUUGAUGUGAUUUGAAUUAUUCAAUUGAUUUAAAUCAAGUCAAACCAUCACAAUGCCUGAGUAUUCAAAGUAAAGUGUAUGCUUCUUAUCAAACUGUACUUUGAAAGGUGUUCCAGGAAGAAACGGGAAUGAUGAUUAGGAUAUGUGGAGUGAAAAUCAUGUGUGGUUAUCACCAAAAUGAUGUUUUACAUUUGUGAUGAAUUCUUCAUAUUUACAGAGUUUUAUCCUUUAGCUGGAAAGGCUGAAAAUGAACAUGGCAUAUUUCCAGGCUGGCAGUUGGAUGUCGUAAUAAUAGCUGUAGUAUUCUUGAUUUUUCCACUGACGUUUGUUCAGGAUGACUUGCCUUCUGAAAUACAUUUGCAACUAAUGUUCUGUCUGAGUUCAUUUUGUAGACAUGAGAAGACUCAAUUUGGAAUUAAAUGUUACUUUUAUGGGUCACAAGCGUUCCCUUAAAUCCACUUUUUACAGCCAAAUUAGUAAUGAAAAUAUCUGCUUUGACUGUUUGUUCUGCUGUUUUACACAGCUUUCAGAUGAUUGCAUCGUGUUUACAAUUAUUAUAAUAAUUAUAUUCAUUUACAGAGUAAUAACUGAUCUUUCUGUUGUAAAGCAAACCAGAUAAUCUUGUGAGCUCAUAGGCCACAUGUCUUUUUGAAGACUUAACUCUACUACACCAAUAACAGAAAGUCAGCCAGUAUGUGAUUGCAAAUGAAUUUGGCACAAGAUAGAUGGAAGAGCAAAUAACAAGGAGAAGAGGUAACAACUGUUGAGGUAAAUAUGCUUUCCUUUUCUUUUGCAGUUUUGGGCACACUCAUCUGUAGAAACUGUGUGGAUCCCUCUCUCGAUUGUGAUUGGAGUCGUGGAGAAUUCCCAGUCCGUCCACAAUGGCAGAGAGGACAGAUGGUACAGAGUCCCACGUGUCAGGGGCUGAAUACAGCCCCGUCAGUAAAUCAGAAAGGACAGAUCCAAGUACCACGCAGCAUGGAAGUGAAAAUGCUUUGCAACUGAAGAAAGAAAUAUCUUUGCUAAAUGGGAUAAGCCUUAUUGUAGGCAACAUGAUUGGUUCAGGUAUCUUUGUCUCUCCCAAAGGAGUUCUCAUCUACAGCAGAUCUUAUGGAUUGUCUCUGGUAGUUUGGGCAAUGGGAGGGAUAUUUUCAGUCUUCGGAGCUCUCUGCUAUGCUGAACUUGGAACCACCAUUACAAAGUCAGGAGCCAGCUAUGCAUAUAUCUUGGAGUCUUUUGGGAGCUUCAUUGCUUUUAUUCGUUUGUGGACCUCACUGCUCAUUGUUGAGCCAACCAGCCAAGCAAUUAUAGCCAUCACCUUUGCUAACUACAUAGUUCAGCCCUUCUUCCCUUCCUGUGACCCUCCGUAUCUGGCCUGUCGUCUCAUAGCAGCUGCCUGUGAAUGUCUUUUAACAUUUAUAAACUGUGCCUAUGUUAAAUGGGGAACACGUGUGCAGGAUAUAUUUACUUAUGCCAAAGUUAUCGCUCUCAUUGCCAUCAUCAUAGCUGGAAUUGUUAAAAUAUGCCAGGGGCAUACAUCACACUUUGAGAACUCUUUUGAGGGAUCCUCUUUUAAUAUUGGAGACAUCUCCCUUGCACUAUAUUCUGCCUUGUUCUCUUACUCUGGUUGGGAUACGCUCAAUUUUGUAACAGAAGAAAUCAAAAACCCAGAAAGGAACUUACCUCUGGCUAUUGCAGUGUCUAUGCCAAUUGUGACUGUUAUCUAUAUUAUGACCAAUGUAGCUUACUAUACAGUGCUGGAUGCUCAAGCUGUUCUUUCUAGUGAUGCUGUGGCAGUGACAUUUGCUGACCAGGCAUUUGGUAGCUUCAGCUGGACAAUUCCCAUUGCUGUAGCCUUUUCUUGUUUUGGUGGACUUAAUGCUUCAAUUCUAGCAUCAUCAAGGCUGUUUUUUGUAGGAUCUCGAGAAGGUCACCUUCCUGAUCUGCUGUCUAUGAUCCACAUAGGGAGGUUCACACCUGUGCCAGCACUGCUCUUCAAUUGUAUUAUGACCCUUUUUUACCUGGCUGUGGAAGAUGUCUUCAAGCUUAUUAAUUACUUCAGUUUCAGUUACUGGUUUUUUGUUGGUCUGUCUAUUGCUGGACAAUUAUAUCUGCGCUGGAAAGAACCAGAUCGACCCAGGCCUCUUAAGCUGAGCCUGGCUUUCCCAAUAAUAUUCUGUAUAUGCACAAUAUUUCUGGUAGUAAUACCACUCUAUAGCGACUUCAUAAAUUCAGUGAUUGGAAUUGGCAUUGCUUUAUCUGGAAUUCCAUUCUUUCUCUUGGGAGUCUAUUUACCUGCAUCGAGGAGACCUCAAUUUAUUAACAAGAUUUUAGGUGCAGUCACACGAAAGGUGCAGCUGCUCUGUUACUGUGUUUUAACAGAGAUGGACACAAAUGAGGAAAAGAAGUUAGAAAGGAAAUCCAACUAAAAUUUAAAGCCAUUACAAGAAGCAGGAGGGAGGACACAGCGGUUAAAACAACUAUAAAGGGAAGAGGUAGAACUGGAAAAAAUGGGAAAACUGUUUCCAGUGGUCUUUUAGAAAUCCUGAAAACGUCCUUACAGUUGGGUUCCCACAGAGAUCACGCCCUCACGUCAUCCUCCUGAACUGGGCCGUGUUUGCAGGGCGUGUUUUCCUGGGAUGAGGAGUAUCUGCCCAUGUCAGGCACAGCAGCUGUGCCAGUGGUUCCCUCAGAACUGUGUUAGCAUGGGAAGAGCUCCCAGAUCAAAUCCAACUGCUGCACAGCCAGGCAGUGAAGUAAAUGCAUUUUUAAGUUAGACUGAAAACCACUUUGACUCAAAAGACCAAGUCAUUUCCACCUUAAUUCUGAUGGAUUUUCGCAUGAAAUAUUUUGCUGUGCUAUCUCAGUUCUUACCCCAGAAGACAACUGGUUACACCUACCUACCUAAUUCGUCAUUGAGAAGAAAAAUGAAUAAAGUUGUGCUCCAUUAUUUAAAGACUGAACCAACUUUUCUCCCUUAGAGAUAAGUAUUUUAUGCCAUAUACUACGUGGAAUGUGGUAUCUGACCGUGGCAAAGAUUUAAUCAACAAGGCACCUUGGCACUAAAAGUUUGACUAAUGUUUGAUGAUUCUUUCUUGUAAGCUUGUUUUUGGUGAACUUCUGCUAGGUUUUAUGAAAUUUUCACAAUAAAAAAUAUGUUCAGUUUGAAGCAGGUAA